AUGAAUUAUCACAAAAUUUUAGGUGUAACUAAAAAUGCCUGCAAAAAAACAAUACGCGAAGCUUAUUUAAAAAAAGUCAAAUUAUACCACCCCGAUUUGAAUAAAAGCCCUGAUGCCACCUCAAAGUUUAAGCAAAUCCAGGAGGCCUACCAAGCCCUGUACAAUGACGACUAUGCGCAAAAGUCUCACUACGGAGAAAACUCUUACGGAAAGGGAAACAAGGCGGAAGAUUCAAAGAACAACCAAAGUUACAGCCGCUCAGAUGACUUUACCGAUUUUCAUAAAGCCUUUUACGAAGAAGUUCGUAAAAUGAGGGAAAACGAAAGAAGGGAACAGAACAGACGAUAUGCGAAUAGCAACUACAGUUACUCAUUCAACGACCUCUUUCAUAAGUACCCGCGGGAGCACUUCUACAUAAAUCUCAUUUUUAAAUUAUUCCCCCUAUUCGUCGUCCCCUUUUUGUUUCUCUUUAUUGUGUACAAGCAGUACCUGUAA